UAGUGCCAGAUGCAAAUAUGCAACCUUGAGGAGGAAUGGAUUUGCUUUCCUAGGCACAGGCACACCAGUUUUCAGCGACAGUUGUUGGCUGCUUGGCUUGGCUUGGCCAAGGCAGUACCCAUUCAAUUUGGCUCCUGUUGGCACUUGUGGCAACAAAGUCCCCCAUCCCAUCCCCCAUCCCCUGACUGGGGAAACACUGAGGGGAGUGUCACUGAGCCAUGAAGUCACCCUGCCAGUGGAAUGCCCUGGGCACUGUGCUACUGGUCCUGGUGCAGGACUGGGCACUGUCCGUGAGUCAGGAGUAUGACUACUACAGCUGGCAAUCAGAUAGCUACCAGCAUGGACGCUUCUAUAACAAACAGCCUCAGUGUGUGGACAUCCCAGCUGAUCUGCAGCUCUGCCACAAUGUGGGCUACAAACGCAUGCGCCUACCUAACCUGCUGGAGCACGAAUCUCUGCCUGAGGUCAAGCAGCAAGCCAGCAGCUGGGUGCCCUUGCUAGCCAAGAGAUGCCAUUCAGACACACAAGUUUUCCUGUGCUCCCUCUUUGCGCCUGUCUGUCUGGAUCGGCCCAUCUAUCCGUGCCGAUCCCUAUGUGAGGUCGUGCGUGACUCAUGUGCUCCUGUCAUGGAAUCCUAUGGCUUCCCCUGGCCUGACAUGCUCAACUGCAACAAAUUUCCCUUCGACAACGACCUGUGCAUUGCUGUGCAGUUUGGAAACAGCCAGGCGACUCAGCCACCAGUGUCAAAGAUCUGCACCCAAUGCGAGAUAGAGCACAAAGCAGAUGGCAUAAUGGAGCAGAUGUGUUCCAGUGACUUUGUGGUGAAGAUGCGCAUCAAAGAGAUCAAGAAAGAGCAUGGGGAAAGACGAUUGGUGGCUGCCCAAAAGAAGAAAAAGCUGCUCAAACUGGGGCCACUGAAGCGCAAAGACACCAAGAAGUUGGUGCUGCACAUGAAGAAUGCAGGUGGCUGCCCCUGCCCCCAGCUUGAUGACCUCAGUGGUAGCUUUCUGGUGAUGGGGCGCAAGGUGGGUGGGAGGCUGCUCGUCUUGGCCAUUUAUCGCUGGGAGAAGAAAAACAAGGAGAUGAAGUUUGCUGUCAAAUUUAUGUUCUCCUACCCAUGUUCCAUGCACUAUCCCUUCUUCUAUGGGGCAGAUCCCCAUUGAAUCCCCACUAAUUCAGAGAAGCCUGCUCACUUUCUCACACAGCACUCCCCAUACAUUUGGCUCCCACUCCUGUUCCAUAGAGCACCCCUUCUUCUAUGGGCUGACCCACACAAAGUCACACACUGUUGGAACACAUUCCUGCAACUGGACUAUUUCUUCUGAAAGACAACUGCAUUAAGUUUCAGAUCUUGGUCAGAGUUCUGCCCUUUCCUGAUGCUCCCUUAGGUUUGAAGAACUUGCAGAAAUCUUCCCUUGCCCCAUUGCCAACACACUUUCACUAGAAAAAUAAGAGCAGUCUUACUCCCUGUAAGCAACAUCUUAUCAAGGCCAGUAUAGCCAAGCUCCAAUAGAGGCUGAAUUGCUUAGAAUUUUAGUAGCGACAUAUAGUGAAACAUUUAAAGAAACAUCCAGUCUAUCCUUAAUUCCUGCUAGUGAGAAGUUGAAGAUUUAGGAACAUUAUGAGGACAAUCAGUGCUUUCCCAUUCCAGCCAUUAAUCUGCAUAGUCCUUUGAACUACUUAGUACAGGCAUGGGAAAUCUGUGACCUUCCAAAUAUUGGUGGACUCCAGUUCCCAUCAGCCGCAGCCAGCAUAGCCAAUGGGCAGGCAUGACGACUGUUAGGCUGUGUAUGCACAUAACCUUUGAAAUGCACAGAGGUCAUUUUUUCACAGUGCACUUGCACAUAGUGGUUUGCAGUUAUACACACCUUUGCACAGUAACAUCAUCCAAAGCAGCAGCUACCGUCCAUGUUGUCUGUUCACAGAGGUGGGUGUGUUUUCAAACGCCCCUCAAUUAGCGUUCCACAGACCUUUUUAUUCAUUUAUUUUUUGAAUUCUUUCAAAAGGGAAGGGCUGGAAACUGGUGUGUUAAUAUACAGAUACACAGGUAUAUAUGCAUCAGUGUACAGAGGUGGAUAAGUUACUGUGCUGCUUCCUAUUUUGCCUAUUUCAUUCACAGACAAGUUAAAAAUAGUGAGGAGUGGCACAAUCCUGCAACAACAAUAGGUCUGCCCCAAUAGGAGGUGACCUGAAAAAGCACCCUGUGUACACAUGAUGGGCGAGAUCUCAAUGGCUAUCUCGCUGUGCCACCUUCCCCAGGUAAGACACGAGCUGCAAUUGGACCCUGAAUCGAGUGAGGAAGGAAAACAUGAUCCAAACACAAUAGAACUUUGAUCAAAGGUUCUAACUGCCCCAAAGAAGCUCCCAGUCCAACUGAGAGUGCAACCUUGGUCAGAAAGACAGCUUUAUUCAGGAAACAGCAACAAUUUAUAGAUCAACAUGGCAUGGCAAGCAGUAAACAUUGCAAAAGACAGAGUCAUCAAACGAGGAUGUAAACAGACGUAGUAUAGGGAACAUACGUAUUCAAAAGAAACAGAAGGUGAAGUCUCAUCCUUUCUGUCUUCCUGUUCUUGUUAGAUCUUACCCUAAUGUUAUCACCCUUUCAAACAGACACUUUGUGACCAGUGGUUAAAUGCAUCAUUGAAAUCGUCUUUGUUCUAGAUAAAGUAAGGCAGUUACAACAGAUUAUAGAUGUCAUUGCUUUGCCAAGAAUUAACACAUACUUAGCACAAACCUAAAAGGUUAGGGAGAGAUACAUUUUUUUUAUAACAGACAUAAACCUCAGAAGAGGGAGAACUUUCCACACCAACACACACGUAUGCAGCAAGUGCUUUAAAAGUGCAUUCCUGACACGAAAUGGAUUAUAACCGUUCCAGCAAAAUUCACAUUAGUUCAACAAAUAGUGUGGGACAGACACAACAUAGGGAAGAUGUCAUGUGCAUAGCACCCAAAAAAGGCACUUGCAUCAAGCACUCAAUGCACAUUAUCACGCAGUGUGUGCAUGCCCUUAUAGUCCAGCAACAUCUGAAGCCACAUGGUCCCCAUUCCUGACUUAGUAAGAGGUGUUGUCCAGACCUAGUAUGAUGUUCAAAACAUCUCAGACUGCUAGACAUCAGCUUUGCUGUACAAAUCACAAUCUCCCAACAAAUACUUUAUUGGGCUAACAGUCCCUGAUUCUGGUCGCCCCUACGUCCAUCUCCAAUCUUUGCUCCUAGAUUCUACACAACAUCUUCAGAACUUCAAGCAGAAACUAGGGAUUAGGGAGAAAUUCAAUUCUGUUCACAUCUAAAGCAGAAUCUAUCCAAUUUGCCCCUUCCAAAACAGUAAAACAAAAACACAGCCUACCCUCCUUCAAAAUUCACUUCUCCAAAUUUUGCAAUGCAGUUCUCCAACAAAUGUUUACAAAAAUGCAUAUAUUAGGGGGAAAUGCACAUAAAAAGGAAUGCGUGAAAACAAUCUACAUAAAUGCAUGCAAAACUGUACAUUAGUCAAAACUGUUUAUGAGAAAUUUAUACUAAAAUGCUGAAGAAUUUCUAAGAGCAUUUUUAUGCAAAUUGCUCCAGAAAUGUGGAGAGCUGAAUUUGAUUGGAAAAAUUAGAAACUGACAACCAAUCCUUCUAUCCCUGGCAGGCAUUGAGCAAUUCCUGAAUAGUAGCCUUCCACAUUUCCAGCCAACAGUGACCACUAUCUAUGCUAGCUAAGGCUGAUGAGAGUUAUAGUCCAAAACAGCUGGAGGGCACCAGGUUCAGAAGUGCUGUGUUAUAUGAUGAUGUUUGAAAGUGGGCUUCAAUUAAAGAGGUCAAUUGUUUAGCCAUGGCAUAAUUUCACACAUGCAUUCUGCUACUGCUGUCAUCAUCACUCUGUUGAUUUGAGCAUGUCUCAAGACAGAGCUCUAUAGCACCCUUAAAAAUUAGGGGUAAUAUCAAGCAAGCUGCGAAGCUAUGGCUUGGAACUGUUCCUAAUGCAAAUGCUGUUCCUGAGGCAUGCAUGACCACUAAGUGGUCCAUCGAUUUAAUUCUUCAAGACUGUCUGCAUUGGGAGGGGGUGGAUGGCCACUUUGCUAUAUGAAGCCAUUUAUGAGGAAUUUCACUGGAAAAAUAUGCCCAUCCCUAAUUCCAUUACCUCUCCCUCUCCACAUUUACUUGUCUACAGAAAUAUUGUGACUGCACAAAGUACACUAGUGUGCCAAUCCUAGGGGAGCACAUCAAUCCUGUGUACCCAACAGUGAAGAUGCCAAACCACCAACUGGGCCUGCCAGGUGACUGUGUCCACCAUGCUGGAUGCCAGACCACCAACUGAGCCCAGGCAGCAAAUGCAGGGUGAAUGUGUUUCCCUGGGGCCCCUCCAUCUGGCAUAUUGCCAAACUCCUGAGUGGUCAGACCAGCUGGCAUGUUAAUCCUGGAACAAAUAUUCAUAGCAUCAGCAUUGCCAGUUUUUUUUUCCAGCGGGCCUGGGGCAGCUGCUCAACACAAAGCAAGCUGUAGGGAUUGAGCCUGGCUCCCACACCCACAGAAGGCUUUUUCACAGAGGCUCAUUCCCAGCCAAAUUUUGCUGGGGAAGAAAGGAGGGUAGCUGAGAAGCUCUUAAAAGAGUCUCUCUUCCACUCAGGGAAUCCCCCCACCCUCAGACUUUCCAGAUGAGCUGCUUUGCAUAUUGUGUACAGCAUGUCACACACAACUUACCCUUGAGUUCAUGAUCUCUGAUUACAACAGCACAUCUUGAGUCCCUUUUCCCUGUACACUACUGAGAGGAGGCUGCUGAAGUUCAAACAGCCAGUUCUAUACAUAUAAGGAGGGGUGCCAUCUUGUCCUUUGCCUCAAGCAACAAAGGGUCUUGGUUUAGCCUUCCCUUUUGUCAGGGCCAGCUUCCCAUCCCAAAAGAGGAUGCUGAGAGAAAUAACUAGACUAGUAACUUCUCACGUACUGUCCCCUCAGAAAUCUGUGCUGUGUUGUUUUCACUAGGAUUUGUAAUUUCAGUCCCACUCAGCCUCUGAACUUGGGUAUAUUCACAAACUAGGCCAUCACCCAUUAUUCUUCCAUUUUUAUUUCUACUGCCUGCCCAUCAUUAUUUUGGAGCCAACAGACUCUCACUGCAGCUGACAGCACGAGAUCCAUAAUUGCUUGACUUCAUAGGAAGAAUACAAACCCUUGGUUUAUGGAGAGCCCUUAUGUGACUUACAACAUGAACAUUUCCCACUUCCUUGCAUUAGACCACAGAGAGGGCUUAACAGUGCAUUUACUUUUGUGCAGGAGUUUGGCGUUAUAUACAAUAAGUAAGUCAGGUAGAAAAUAAUAUCCCCACAUGAUCAACAUUAACAUGAAACUAGUCCUCAAAGCUUAGUAACCUGAACCAUUUCUUUACUGAUCCAGCCCAACUGAGUAAAAACAUCCUUAACCUGGGCUUACACAUUACCAGCUUAAAACACAGCUAGGUCAUUCUUUUUCCCGUUUCGGAUCAAAGCUGGUUUGAGGAAAAAACUCAAAAUGCAGUAUUUCAUAAGAAACAACAGGAUACAUAUAGACUGUAGCCAACAUCAAUCAUGUGCUCACCACUUCCCAAAUCAGUGGUGGGAGUGCACUGGGUGGACAGCAAACAGGAGUGUGCACACAGCCUUUCUGGAAUUGCUUUUGUCACAGAGCAGCCUUUUUAUUGAAAAUCCAUAAACUCUUCAUUUUCAUCUCUGAAAAUGCUGUUAUAAGCAAUUAAAGUUGGACUAAUUUCUUUUCAAAAAAAGAUUGUUCUGUGUCCAAUUAUCUACCCAAAUAAAAUAAUCUCAUAAAAUUGGUACUGUCCAUCAUCAUUCCUCGUCAAUUCCCCCACCUCCCCAAAUUUAUCAGCAGUUCCAGAUUCUUCCUUGGCCCUUGCCUCAUCUUGGGAACACGCAUGUGGAAUUUUGAGUUUUUGCUCUUACAGUGUUCUCCACCAUUCUAGAUUCUUUUGUAAAAUGAAGCUGAAGCAUUCAUGUUCCGACAUCUACACAACAUUCCCAGGUUAAUCAAGUAUUUGUAAAAUACAUAUUUUCUGCUUGUUGACAGAUCCAAAUGGGAGGUCAAUUCCCAUUGAAAUCAAUGGGACUUGGCAGCUAACUUGUUCCAUUAAUUUCAAUGGGAACUAGUUGGUCCAGAUCCAAUGUUUUGAGUUACAUGCUGCAUUUAUUCAGUGUCAAGGUCAAGAGAGAUACUGAAUCCUGCCAUCAUUUUGUUUAGUCAUUAUAACAGAAUUGCAUCAUGAAUGUAGCACUCCACAUUUUCAGUUUCCCUAAACAAUAGAUCAUCUGUGAUAAAGCUAAAAUCAGGGGUGGGGGGAAGGUUCAAGCAGGUUCUUCUGCCUCAAAUUUGAGUUUUAUCUCAACAUUAUUAAUGGAUAUUUGGAUUCAAGGAAAAAAAUUAAGGAUUUAUCAAGUAAAUAUUACUUUUUUCAGCAGUAUUCCUCAAAAUUUAAUUUGAAAUUACACAUCAUGCAGAAAUAUUAAUAAGCCACAGGAAAAACCUAGAACCCACUGCAACUUUGGUGCCUUACUUCAUUGGACCACUAAACCCUUCCCUUCCCUCCCCCCACCGCAGUGUCCAUGCAGACCCUAUUAUUAGUUUUCUCACAGCAACACUGCAGUUCUUGAGUUUAACUUGUAGCAGCACCACUUCCUUACAUCUGCAAUCACAUUGUAAUAAACAGAAUAAAAGCUUUGCAUUAUCUUAGCAGGAAAAUUUGGCAAGAUCUGGCAAUAUAUAGGAAAUUGCAUAUUGAUCCAUGUCUCAUGCAGUCUUACGAUGAUAUGCUCAAUUCUGUAAGAAAAUUGCCAUCCGGUAAAGGUUAAGAUGUCGCACAGCACAAAUGACACAAGAAAUUAUAAUAUUGUUUGUAUGCACAGACGUUUGAGUAAUGUGGAUUGUUACUUCCUCACAUAGCCUACCCCUGCAAAGGGCUAAUCAGCAGGCCGUAAUUAGAUUACUUGUAUAUUGAUUGAGCUCUGCUGCUGUUUUAGUCUCCAACUUGAGCCAGUCUUGGGAGUAGGGGUACCACCUGCACAAUGUAUAGUUUUUAAACCUAUAUUGAGUCACUGUGUUUUAGAUAUUUUUAUGGUAUGUUUGUCAAUCACCUUGAGA